AACAUUUCGGAGCUAACCAUUGGUUACUUUGGAUCCAAGAACAGUGUUUUAGUGUAUGUGUAAUGAGGUGAGUGGAUGUAAUCAUUAGUUUUUACUAUUAUUUGCCCAACCAAUUGGUUUUGUCAGGCAUUAGAGAUAUUGUAUGAUCUACUAGGGAUUUCAUAUCCGAUUUUAUUGGCCUUAGCAGUGUAAUAUAUAUUCAUACUUUGCAAUGUGUUAGUGAUAAUUCAACCGAAACCCAAAAAUCUACCUAUUCCUUGAGCUUUCUACUCCUCCAGCUCUCCCUCAUCUUUGUCAACACUUAAUCUAAGGUUUUUGAGGAAUGGCUUUUGAGGCAGGCUUACUUGAUUGGGGUGUUGGUAUGGUGGCUGGUGGAUUUAUAAGGCAGUGUGAAAACUGUUUUUAUAUGGUCCCCGAAAAUCUGUUGAGAGCAGUUGUUUGUGUCAAUCGGGAGAUCUGUGUUCGGUGUUAUGCUAUGUUUGACCUAGAUUUACUGAUUGAUGAAGCCCCGCCGACCCCCACACUGCCUUCCCAGGCAGUUCUGUCACGUGAUUAUGAGGAUCCUGUUCUCGGGUGGUUCUUUGAAACCGUUGGUGAGUCUUCGGGCGCAGCCAUGGGGACGCCCCCCGCUGUUGUCAGUGACGACGUUGUCUUGAGGCGUUGGGCUAUGUUUGAUCUAAAUUUGCCGAAUGAUGAAGCACCCCUGACCCCCACACUGCCUUCCCCGGCAGUUCUGUCACCUGAUUAUGAGGAUCCUGAUCUCGGGUGGUUCUUUGAAACUGUUGGUCAGUCUUCAGGCGCAGUCCCGGGGACGCCUCCCGCUAUUGUCAGUGACGGCGUUGCCUUGAGGCGUUCGACGCGCAGAAUCUGUCUCAACAGGCGUUACUUCAACGGGCAAUUUGUUGUGGACUUUGAAUUUGGUUGGCUAGCUUCAUAGUUAUGACCUAAUGUAAUUUAAGUAUUUUGGCAUUGUGUUGGAUGAGCUGUUCAUGUCUCUGUUGUCCUUACCUAGCGUGAUGUACUAUUAAUGUGUGUUUUGCCC